AUGGUUUUAAUAGAUGAUGAGCACUGGCCUCUCAGGCUGAGUGGAGGAAAGGGAAGCCGCUCUGGGAGGUUGGAGGUGUAUCAUAACGCUACGUGGGGCUCUGUUUGUGAUGAUCAGUGGAACAUCAAGAACGCUCAGGUGGUGUGCAGACAGCUGGGCUGUGGGUCGGCGCUGAGUGCUGAUAGGAAUGUUCCGUUCGGUGCUGGAGAAGGGACUAUCUGGCUGAACAGAGUGAAGUGUCGAGGGGAUGAGAUUCACCUGUGGGACUGUCAUCAUUCCCUGAAGAAACACACUGACUGCUCUCAUGCUGGAACUAUAUCCACCUCAACAACCACCUCCACCACCAAAACAGUAAGAGCCGCUUCAAAUCCUACAUCACCUGGAGCUCCAUCCACCCCUCCACUGGUUCUCGUUGUGUUGGGAACGCUGCUCUUCCUGGCCUUAGUGCUUCUGCUGGUACUGUUUUACCAGACCAGAGUGCUCAGGAGAGUUGUCUCUAAGAGGAGGCGUAAGACUCAGCCUGAGGCAGUCUAUGAAGAUAUCAACCACAGAUACAUCACUAGAAGAAGCACGAGCUCCAGUCAAAGAGGAAGUCUCCUCUCUGAAGAACAGCAUUCUGGGUAUGAGCAGGUGGAUGAUGAGCUUCUCUCAGGUGAUACAGGAAGAGUUGACCCACCAGAGGACUACGAUGAUGCCGUCACUGCUGGACCGAUCCCUGAUAACGUGGAUGAGGAUGAAGCAGAGAAUUAUGAUGACGCCAUUACAGCUGAUCAGAAGUCAGUUAUACUGACAGAGGACGUGUCCGAGAACUAUGAUGAUGCAGUUACCAUGGAAACAAACCCAAACAUCAUCACAGUAGACAGUCCAGAAGAUUAUGAUGAUGUCAUCACUGAGGAACAGGAUGUAGGAGAGACAGAAGAAUAUGAUGAUGUGGAGGAGAAAUCUCAGAAAGACAGGGACCAUGUGACUGAGACACGCCACCAAAGGCCUUUUCUCAGGAAAAUACACUUUUUUAAAUGCAAAAAAUGAUUUUAUUAUACUUCCAAAAAUUUCAUGUUUUCUGAACUGUGUUCAUUUUCCCCUUAGUUAUUAGCAAAUAGAGUAGGGAGAGUUAAAUCACCUUUCAUAUUACCUAAUGCAAUGUCUCCAGCUUUUCUUUUACAACACUUUUUAUUUCUUAAAUCAUCACCUGUUUAUUAAUUUUUAAAAAAAGACACAAUUACCUUUAUGUUCAAUGCUAUUCUUUUAUCUAUAAACCAUAGUUGAACUGGAUUAGAGAAUUCUGUUCUGCCCAUUAUCUGCUCAUGGUGUAUAGCCGCCACCUAGUGGCCAUUUUCAAUAUUGCAGUUUUGUUAUUCUUCCGUACGCUGUGUUGAUUUAGUUUGGUAACAGUCAACGUGCAGCAUCGGCUUCAAUUCAGCUCACAAACAGUCGUUGCCUUGGAGAAAGAUAUGCCUGUAAGUUUGCUGACUAUUUGUAAGCGAUCUAUAAGAGUGUUAUGUGGUAGCUUGCUAUAUUGCAUUUUUUAUUGUUGUAAUUUUUAGGUAGCUGGCUAUGUUGCAAGCCAGAUAUAGUAUAUGCAAUUAUCAUAAAUAAAUAUAUACAGGUUUUAUUAAGUAUUCUUAGAUUUUCAUUUUAAAUUCUCAGGUUUCAUUCAGGAUUCUCAGGUUUGUUUCCUUAUUCUCAGGAAUUUGUUUUAUUUUCUAAGGUUUCAUUCAAUAUUCUCAGAUUUUUGUUUUAUAAUCUCAGGUUUAAUUCAAUAUUUUCACUUUUUAAAAGAGUGAUGGCCAGUUAAUUUUAAUAUUACAUCUUAAUAAACAAUAUACAAGCAAAUGUGAC